AGCACAGCGCCUAAGAGGAUAUUUACAGCCAGUGACAAGACGGCAUCCGCCUGAGCCUGCAUAAAUAGUUGGACCCUUCUGUUUUGAACAGCUGACACCUACAUCUACUCCAGAUGACCUGUAGGACGUUUGAUCAGCUACCUGCAUCCAAUCCACAUGGCUCUUUCACAGAUACGGAGACAGUUCCACCGGAGGGGGAGUAUAUAGAGGAGCACAGGGGUCUGUACAAGGACGUGAUGAUGGAGAAUCACCGGCCCCUCACAUCACUGGAUGGACCCAGUAACAGAGAUACCCCAGAGAGAUGUCCCCGUCCUCUGUAUUCCCAGGAUUGUACAGAGGAGAAUCACAGGAUCCCACAGGAGGGUCAGGUAGAACGUCUUUCUCGUAUAAAGGCAGAAGAUAUAGAGGGAGAAGAAGAGACGUAUGUGACUGAUAUAAAGGCAGAAGAUAUAGAAGGAGAAGAAGAGACGUAUAUGACUGAUAUAAAGGCAGAAGAUAUAGAGGGAGAAGAAGAGAUGUAUGUGACUGAUAUAAAGGCAGAAGAUAUAGAGGGAGAAAAAGAGACGUAUGUGACUGAUAUGAAGGCAGAAGAUAUAGAGGAAGAAAAAGAGACGUAUGUGACUGAUAUGAAGGCAGAAGAUAUAGAGGAAGAAAAAGAGACGUAUGUGACUGAUAUAAAGGCAGAAGAUAUCGAGAGAGAAGAAGAGACAUAUGUGAGGGGUGAUCAGCAGUGUAAGGAGGAGGAGAUCCCUACAGAUAUCAGCACAGGGGACACUGGAGUCUUAUACAGUAGGGGUGUGAAGCUUGCAACCGGAGGUGUGGCACUGAUAUGGAUAAGUGAAUACAAAAUGGAAGCUGAAUGUCAGUUUGUCUAUUGUCUAUUGCUUAAAAGAAACUGUUGCUUUAAAAGUGAUUUUUAUAUGUUUGCAGAAACUUUGAUUUUCAGUAUAAACAAGAAGUUAAGGCCAGCUGCGCAGUAUCACAAGACUGCGGUUAGCUAGUGUUUUGCAAAAUAAGGAAUUGUAUUUUGCAGAAUAGAGAUAAUUAAAAGUAGGUGAAAGGUAAAAUGUAUUUUGAUACUAAACAGUCAUAAUCACAAGAUGUUGAGCUAAUUAAUUGGAAAUCCCCCAUAAGGGGAGUAUAUGAAUUAAUAAUAUAUUCUGAUAAAUGAAUGGUGAUUGGUUUAUGUAUAUGAUUGGUCUGCAAAUUUGAUUGGAUCAUGUAACACUGUAAUGAUAAGUAUAUAAGAUGAAACCAGUGUGUCAAUGUUCAGUUCAUGAUAUUCUUUUAUCGUGAGCUCUGUGAAUUUCACAUGCAAUAAAUCAAACAAAGAGACUUCAUUGUUAUUCAAUUAUUUUUGAACGGCUAUGUCAUUCUGGAGGUAUCCGCACCGAGAUCAUUCCAACAUUGACACACGAAGAAGGAAGGUGGACUGGUACCGGGAUACCGGGAUCAACCGUGGCCACAGGUAAGAACUGUUAUCUUACUUCUGCUCCAUGUGUCCCUGCCUCGG